UUGAUGCCACCAGCAGUUGAACGAUCAUAAUCAGUCACAGCCAUUUAGUCAAGCAUUUGCUUUUCCUGAGUUGCUCUUGCCUCCAGCUUCCAAGGAUAACAGCCUGAACUCAACCGGUAGGGAGCUUGGUUGUACAGGCCAGAAUGGCGAGAUUCGUUCGGUUGGCCAUCUUGCUGCCUCUGCUCUGCCUAGUUCUGUCAUCCACACUAUGCUACGCGCAAGAUCCAACUAUGAAUGAGGACUACCAGCAAGAGCCGCAAAACGCGGGUUUCGCGGGCGAGGGAGAGAACCCAGACUACGAAGCAAACGUGCCAGCAGACGGCGAUCAGGGGAUUCCUCAAGAUCCUUUCAACCAAGACAUUCCCGCCGACCAGCCGCCAGUCGACGAGCCUCCGAUGGACCAAGCGCCAGUCGACGAGCCGCCGGCGGAAGGCGAGCCGACGGAGCCGCCUAAGACGGACGAGCAGGUGGCGCAGGACAUGGAAAACAUGCCGGCCGGCACCGUUGUCGGCGGCGACAUGGAUACGACCACGCCGUCAGGCCUGCCGGGUGAUGAACAGGCGGGGACCGUGGAGGGAGACUUUUACUCCAAGUACGAUUUCCAAGGGACGUACGACAAGAUGAAGAGCGACGGGAUUGGUCCUGAAGGCAUCAUCGGCAUCGUUCUCGGUGUGACAUUCGGCAUGGCGCUGUGUUUCCUCUGCGUCUGCGUCUGCUGGAUCCGCCAGCGCAACAUCCACCGCGCCAAAUACGGCUACACCGGGGCUGAUGCUGAUGGUGGGCAGAUCGAAAUGUGAAGGACGGCUCUUCACUAGUCUCUCUUACUUGGUUUGCGCCUAAAGUGGUUGCAGAAUAGCUGUCUCUCCAGACGGUAUAGGAGAGACAUUUUGUAGCAUGCCAUGUAGUGGCCAGAGGGCGAAUUUGAAUAAACCGUACACACUUACCGGUACUAGAACGUUGCAGGAUAUUCCUUGCCUUCGCUGCUGUGGUGCUUGAUGCAGGCUACAAAGAGCAGCAGAGUCACACAUGGAAGAGCAGAGGGAAGCAAUUUGGACAGGUUUAAACUAUCAUCGUAGCACAGCUCUUGUUUGGACAAUGUCAACAUCCACAUUCCCAA